UAUCUCAAAUACACAAUUGUUCCAAGUGUCCUAUGCAUAUUAAAUAUGUAAUUGUUCCAAGUCUUCAACUUUAAAGAAACUCAUGACUCAAGAUCAAACCCAACAUGAUUCCAUUUCUGUCUUGUGCGAAAUCUCUUCUUUUUUGGGUCAUCAAACACUUCGUACAUGCUGAUUUCCGUGAACAUUUUCAAAGGAUGAAACCCCUGGACAGGCUUCUCUUCUUGAUUAUUCAUGGUCUUGAUAGGUCCGGGAUGGAGUGGCACCGUUUCCCCGUGUUCUUAGGGUUGGCAUACCUUCUUGCACGACGACAUCUACAUUACCACUAUACUUUGCUUAACGUUGGAAAAAAUCAGGCGGGUGAAAGGUUUAAUCCUGCUGAGUUUCCCUAUAGGACAGCCAACGGAAAGUUUAAUGAUCCUUCCAACGAAGAUGCUGGCAGUAUAGAAAGUUUUUUCGGACGAAACAUAGCGCCACUUGAUUGCAGAAAAGGGCUAUUGAAGCCAAACCCUAUGAAGGUGGCAACAAAGCUUCUGGCACGCAAACAAUUCAUAGACACCGGAAAACAGUUAAACCUAAUUGCUGUUUCAUGGAUACAAUUCAUGACUCAUGACUGGAUGGAUCAUCUUGAGUCAACACAACAGAUUGAGCUGAAGGCGUCCGAAAAAGUGGCGAAUCAGUGCCCUCUAAGAUCUUUCAAGUUUUACAAGACUGAAAGAGUCAAUACUUGCUUAGAUAAUAUCAAGGAAGGCCAUCUUAAUAUUAGAACAUCGUGGUGGGACGGAAGCGCGAUAUACGGAAGUAACUCUUCGCAAUUGCAUGAAGUGCGGACGUACAAAGAAGGUAAACUUAAGAUCGCAGGCCUCAUUCAGCAUGACCAAGAAGGGUUAGAAAAAGCAGGUAACAUUCGUAACGCUUGGAUUGGUGUAUCAAGCUUGAUAGCCCUAUUCAUCCUUGAACACAAUGCCAUUUGUGACGCCUUAAAGAAAGAAUAUCCUAAUCUGGAUGACGAAAAUCUAUACCGUCAUGCAAGACUAGUCACUUCCGCAGUCAUGGCUAAGAUUCACACUAUCGACUGGACUGUCCAACUUCUUAAAACUGACACCCUUCUUGCUGGAAUGAGAGGUAAUUGGUAUGGGAUAUUAGGCAAAAGAUUCAAAGACACAUAUGGGCAUGUUGGAGGCCCCUUUUUGGGAGGUCUUGUGGGGUUAAAAAAACCGAAUAAUCAUGGAGUACCCUACUCAUUAACCGAAGAAUUUGUGAGUGUUUAUAGACUGCACUCUCUAUUACCCGAUCAUCUUCUCAUCAGAGAUAUUGAUUCAUCACCAGGUCCUAAUAAGUCUCCAAAAUUGAGCCACAAGAUUGAUAUGGUAAAUUUGAUUGGGAAUAAAGGGGAGAAGGAAUUUUCCAAAAUUGGAUUUACGACACGAAUGGUAUCAAUGGGACAUCAAGCAUGCGGGGCACUUGAGCUAUGGAAUUAUCCGGUGUGGCUCAGGGACGUUGUGCCUCAAAACGUCGAUGCCACAGAUCGAGCCGAUCAUGUCGAUUUAGCUUCACUCGAGAAUAUAGUCUACAGGGAUAGAGAAAGGAGUGUGCCAAGAUACAAUGCGUUCCGUAGAUCACUUUUCUUGAUCCCAAUAUCCAAGUGGGACAAUCUAACGAACAAUAAAGAAGUCAUCGACACAUUGCGCGAAGUGUAUGGCGAUGAUGUUGAGCAACUCGAUUUGUUGGUAGGAAUGUUGGCCGAGAAAAAGAUCAAAGGGUUUGCAAUUUGCGAGACUGCAUUUGUAAUUUUCCUCAUCAUGGCGUCAAGGAGACUUGAAGCAGAUAGAUUUUUUACUAGUGAUUUUAAUGAAAAAGUGUAUACGAGAAAAGGGUUUGAAUGGGUAAACACAUGCGAGAGUUUAAAAGACGUGUUGGACCGACACUACCCGGGGAUGACCAAUCGGUGGAUGAACUCCACAAGUGUUUUUACAGUGUGGGAUGCUCCACCAGAUCCUCAUAAUCGUAUACCAAUUUAUCUUCGGCUCCCUCAUUGAAUUAUUUUGUUUUAUGUAUAUUUUUUAGAAUGGCAACUUAUGCACCAUCUAUCUACUCCUAAUUUUACUUCACAAUAUACAUUAUGGGACUCGAAUUGCUUUAGGUACUUUCUUUUUUUA